GGCGCGGUUCAUUUGAAUCCGCCUCUUGCUCGGCUGCCUGAGGGAGACUUGCAGAGAGAGGAGCGCGGCGUGGGUCUGGAGGGGCAGCGCCCACGGAUGAAGCACGGGCACAACAUCACAGCAUAAUGGAUGAAUACACAAAAAUCGAAAAGAUUGGUGAAGGCACUUAUGGCGUUGUGUAUAAAGGCAAACACAAAGCCACGGGCAAAGUGGUCGCCAUGAAGAAAAUUCGACUAGAGAGUGAUGAAGAAGGCGUUCCCAGCACUGCAAUCAGAGAGGUUUCCUUAUUAAAAGAGCUACAUCACCCCAAUAUAGUUUGUCUUCAGGAUGUGCUUAUGCAAGACUCAAGGCUUUAUCUUAUCUUUGAAUUUCUUUCUAUGGAUCUCAAGAAAUACCUGGAUUCUAUUCCAUCUGGGCAGUUUUUGGAUCGAAUGCUUGUGAAGAGUUAUUUGCACCAAAUCUUGCAAGGUAUUGAGUUCUGUCAUUCAAGAAGAGUCCUGCAUAGAGACCUGAAGCCUCAGAAUCUGUUAAUUGAUGACAACGGAGUAAUUAAACUAGCUGAUUUUGGGCUGGCCCGAGCUUUUGGCAUCCCUGUCCGUGUUUACACACACGAGGUAGUAACGCUGUGGUACCGGUCCCCAGAAGUGCUGCUAGGCGCUGUACGUUACUCUACUCCUGUAGAUGUAUGGAGCAUAGGUACCAUAUUUGCAGAAAUGGCAACAAAGAAACCGCUCUUCCAUGGAGACUCAGAAAUUGAUCAACUCUUCAGGAUCUUUAGAGCUUUAGGGACCCCCAAUAAUGAUGUGUGGCCUGAAGUGGAAUCCUUGCAGGAUUACAAGAACACCUUCCCAAAAUGGAAACCGAGCAGCCUGGCCUCUCAAGUGAAACAUCUGGAUGACAACGGACUAGACUUGCUUUCUAAAAUGUUAAUUUAUGACCCUGCAAAAAGGAUUUCUGGCCGCGCAGCCCUGAACCAUCCCUACUUUGAUGACUUGGAAAGAUCCAAACUGCCUGCCAGCCGUAUCAAGAAACGUUAACUGUCCUAAGAAAUCAGUGGGUGUCUGGAGUAGAGAGAGAAAAGACUCCGGAAAGUGUCUGUGUCUCCUGUUUUUUAUAUGUCUGGUCUUAUUCUAAAACUGUAGCCCUAUUUUAGAGUGCUCUGGCUAAAGUCUUUCUCAAAUGUAAAUAUUAACAUAUUCACUGCUCAAUAAAGUUGUAAACUUAAUGAAAUUCACUGUUAUAUAAAUAAAAAACUUUAAACAUA